GGUCCUUUAAGUGCCAUGGAAUGAAAGAGGACUGAGAAUUUUUGGACCCCAGUCCAUGUUGGUCUGUUGCCCUGUAUUCAUAGUUUUGCUUUGCAAUGCAUAUUCUGACCUUUCUGUUAAUUUCCUAUGCAGUAUAGGAAUGUAGGCAAGGUGCUAGUUAUAGGGGAAACACAAGAAAAAAUUCAGAGCAUGUGGUUUGUUCUGCUGCUACUGAAAGGUAUGUAAAGCAUGGUACUGGACUGCUCUGUCCAUCUCCUGCCAGCUAAAACCAAGAAUGGAGACUAAUCCUAUGUGUGGAUUUUCUGUGCAGCCAAGCAGAGCUGCUCUGUUACUGGGCCAUCUGCACAUUUGCUGAUUGGUUUCUCAAGCAGUAAGGGCCAUGGAUUAUUAAAAGCCAUGCCCUCAUUGUUUCACUUCAUUGAAUUUUUCCACAGCUAUGCAAAAUUUUUCUCUUUUCAUAGCAAAAUGUUUUCUUAAUACGCUGGUAAACUGAAGGUAUGGGUGGAUGUUGAAGAGGAAUCAUCUUACGAAAUCCACCUGCUAACCAUUUUAGGAGAUCUCUUGGAUUGUGGAAACAGAAGUGAUCCUGUUGCAUGGGUUGAUGUAAAGCAGUUCUCUUAUGUUGUGGCUUGGCAAACAAUUGAAGAGCCUUGAGAUGCUACUUGUGAUUGACAUAACAAAAUGUAAAUUAUAUGCUGUUUUACUAGACUCUAAUUUAUCUGUCGUAAGGUUUGUGUACCAAUAGUAGUAAACUCUUUACAGCAGUGUUUCUCUUCUAUGUAAUAUCUGCAUAGGGGAAUUAAAUUACUCUUAAUUGUAUGCUUAAAAAUAAAUUUGGGGCAUGCCUGGCUAGCACAGUAAAUUAAAUUUUGCUACUUCACAUUCUUUCUGUGCGUUUACUUUAAACUGACUUUAUUGAAAAAUUAAAUGUUUGAAUAUCUGAUUGGGAACAACACUGUCAUUAGUGGGUAAUCAUGAGAUGUCACAGAACCUGGAGAAAUCUUAGAAAAUAUAAUCCAUUAAGGUUUUAGACCUUAAACCUCCUGAUGUAGUUAGAAGUGCAGCAAUGGUCAAAGCUAAACUGGAUGUUUGACUUAACAGCAAAUGAACUCAGUGGUGAGGAACUGCCAUUGCCCCUUACACACUGUUCCACAGUAGGAGCAGAAAAGGGCAAGCUGAUCUGGGAGGCCUUUUUUUCUCUCCUUCCUCUUAUCCCUGGGAUGGGAGACGCUUUCAUUAAAUGCAUUUCUUGUCUGACUUGUAACACAGCAAAUCUGAGCGUUAGCGUCAUGUUUAAAGCGCUGGGCCCUAAGGUGUCCUUAAGUAUCCUCUGAGGCACAAAUAUGACGUUACAUGUGGAAAUGUUUCUCCCAAGCUACUGUGUUAAUUCAGUUUUCUACAACCCUAAACAGAGCCUUCCCCUAAUCAUAGUUCUCAACUGGCAGCAUCUGCCUUCCUGGAAAAGCAUUAAGGGACUACAAGUGAGCAUGAAGCUAUGCGGAGCUGGUUUGGGAACAAGUACUGCCUGUUUCUAGAAAUGAGCUUUGGCUGAACAGUCACAGAAGAUGGAGACUGAGGAGACUUGAGGCUUGGGAUCAGGAUCUUCAUGGGCACACAAUGCUGCUGAUCUUGUCUGGUGAAUUACAGAAAGUGACUCUUACAGCAUCUUAGCUCUAUGAACUCUUGAGCUGUCAAGGGACUGAGAGGCUUAUGAAGAGGUUCUGUCAGGCAAAACAGCGUUUAGCAAAGACACCAAGGAGGAGGGAAAAGGAGAAAGAAAGAGAGAGCUGAAACAGUAACAAAUCAUGAGAUCUAUCCGAUCUUUUGCUAACGAUGACCGCCAUGUUAUGGUGAAACAUUCAACCAUUUAUCCAUCUCCAGAAGAACUUGAAGCUGUCCAGAACAUGGUAUCAACAGUAGAAUGUGCCCUUAAACAUGUGUCUGACUGGAUGGAUGAAAAGACCAAGUCUGUAAAAUGUGAGGGUGAUGUGGAAGCAAAGGAGGAAGCUGCAGAAAGCAAUGCCAAGGAUCAGAGUGGUCGGACCUUAUGUGGUGUUAUGAGAAUUGGCUUGGUUGCAAAGGGUUUGCUGAUAAAAGAUGAUAUGGAUUUGGAGCUGGUUCUCAUGUGCAAAGAAAAACCCACAAAGACCUUGUUAUGUACAGUCAGAGACAAUCUCCCAGUUCAAAUUCAGAAACUUACAGAAGAGAAGUAUCUCGUGGAGGAGCAUGUAAAUGAGGCAGCUAUUAUUAUUCGUAACACAAAGGAGCCCAAGCUAACCUUGAAGGUGAUACUUACGUCCCCCCUCAUUCGAGAUGAAGCAGAGAAGAAGGAAGGAGUAGACAGUGUUGCGAUGAAAGAUCCUCCGGACUUAUUGGACAGGCAGAAAUGCCUGGAGGCCUUGGCGUCUCUGCGGCACGCCAAAUGGUUUCAGGCCAGGGCAAAUGGACUAAAAUCAUGUGUAAUUGUGCUUCGUAUUCUGCGGGAUUUGUGCAACAGAGUCCCCACAUGGGCACCACUGAAAGGAUGGCCACUCGAGCUUAUAUGUGAAAAAUCUAUAGGUACUUGUAAUAGACCUCUGGGCGCUGGGGAAGCAUUACGACGAGUGAUGGAGUGCUUGGCAUCUGGAAUUCUGCUUCCUGGAGGCCCUGGUCUGCAUGACCCCUGUGAACGGGAGCCAACAGAUGCUUUGUCUUAUAUGACAGUUCAGCAAAAAGAAGCCAUUACACACAGUGCUCAGCAUGCUCUCAGAUUAUCAGCCUUUGGUCAGAUUUAUAAGGUUUUGGAAAUGGAUCCCCUCCCAUCAAAUAAGUCAUUUCAGAAAUAUUCCUGGUCAGUAGCUGACAAAGAAGGUACAGGCUCAUCUGCUCUCAAGAGACCAUUUGAAGAUGGUGUAGGGGAUGAUAAAGAUCCAAAUAAAAAGAUGAAGCGUAAUCUGAGGAAAAUACUAGAUAGUAAAGCAAUAGAUCUCAUGAAUGCUCUGAUGAGGCUGAACCAAAUCAGGCCAGGGCUUCAGUAUAAGCUGCUGUCCCAGUCUGGUCCUGUCCAUGCCCCAGUCUUCACAAUGUCUGUAGAUGUUGAUGGUACGACAUAUGAAGCAUCAGGACCUUCUAAGAAAACAGCCAAGCUUCAUGUGGCAGUGAAGGUUUUACAAGCAAUGGGUUAUCCAACUGGUUUUGAUGCGGAUGCUGAAUGUGUCAGUUCUGAUGAAAAAUCAGAUAAUGAAGGUAAAAAUGAAACAAUGUCUUCAAUCUCAAGCAAUAAUACUGGAAAUUCUACAGCUGACACCUCUGCUACCCUAGAGGUAAGAACUCAGGGUCCUAUACUGACAGCAAGUGGCAAAAACCCAGUGAUGGAGCUCAAUGAAAAAAGAAGAGGUCUGAAAUAUGAGCUCAUCUCUGAGACAGGUGGAAGCCAUGACAAGCGCUUUGUGAUGGAGGUAGAAGUAGAUGGCCAGAAAUUCAGAGGUGCAGGCCCAAAUAAGAAAGUAGCAAAAGCAAGUGCUGCGUUAGCAGCACUUGAGAAAUUGUUUUCUGGACCUAAUGCAGCAAACAACAAGAAAAAGAAAAUUCUUCCUCAGACUAAAGGAGUUGUCAAUACAGCUGUUUCUGCAGCAGUCCAGGCUGUGCGAGGUAGAGGACGAGGUGCUUUAACAAGAGGUGCAUUUGUCGGUGCAGCUGCUGCUACUGGAUACAUAACACCAGGCUAUGGAGCACCGUAUGGGUAUAGUACAGCUGCGCCAGCUUACGCCAUAUGCACUUGUAUAAAAUAAGCAGAAAUUUAAUGACUGUAAGCUGAGAUCGUGAUAUAAAAGGUAAGAGAUUUUAUUUUCAGCUUAAAUAGUAUUUUUUACUGCUUUUUUUUUCUAAAAAUCUCACAUACCUGUGACAGUCUUGUAUAUGAUACAUUUUUUAUUAUUUAACUCUGUGUUUAAACAAGUAAUACUUAGGUCUGAAUUACAACUUUUUAUGUUGUCAAGGCCAGUUCAAAUAUUCCGGUUUGAGUUUACUAAGAAAACAUUACUUAACACUUUUAAGAAAUAGUUUGGUUUUAUCAGCAGACUGUUCUACUUUAAAAACCUUUCUUUUGCAUAGCCUAAAAAGCUGUACUGAUACUGCUGUGUAUGAGGCACUGCAUUCCUUGCAUAUUUGUCAAAAACGUUUGGGUAGGUACUAAAGCCAUGGCCUGCACUGAACGCCACACCGCGGUGAUAGGGAUGUGAAAUGAAAAUGCCAAGUGGAAUACGUAACACUAUCUGACUAGUAAGAGAGCAGUUAUUUCCCUAAACUACUAAAACUGAACUCCAAAUGGAGAAUGAAAAACUUUGAUGAUAUUACAGUUUAAAUCUGCAGAGAUCAGAUUACACUAGGCCAAAUUAAUUCACGAAGCAGCCGGUUUGCUUUCCUCUUGUGGGCACAGCAGGAGGAAGGAAGGCAGGCAGGGGUUUAAGCCUGCAUGAAUCAGUUGUUUAGCCGUAGUUUUCUAAAGCUAGAAAUAUAAACAGAGACAUCUAUAAAUACUUUCAGUUCUGUAGUAGAAGUUUUAACUAAUGUUUUACAUGGAGAAAAAUGGUUUCAGGUUAUGACUUAUAUGGUGCACAUGAUAUGUGUAGUUUUAAAAUAGUUACUUUUUAAAUUUGCAUUUAUAUAACCUUACAUUAUGCAAAGUUGCAUAGUACAGUACUGCACAACUGCAGUACUUGCAGCACUUGAAGUUGCUGGAAACAACUCUUUUUAUAUCAAAAAAAAAAAAAAAAGCGGGGGGGAGUGGGCUGAUGUAUUAACAUUUUAGGGUCUCAAUUCAGAGAUGAAAGCAUUAAAUAGCCCUGACCGACCACAGUUCAUACUGAUACAAAAUUAGAAAAAUAUUUGGUAUGGAAUAUGUAGUAGUAAAUCAGACACAAAGCAUGUUGUUUUGCAUCAAAAUAUAACACCAAAAACAAACUGCAUUUCAUUUCAAUAUUUAAAACAUCAAACUCAGCAAAUAACUGCAUGUGUAGGUUCUCCAUAAUUGAGGAUAUGUCUGGACAGAAUUCACAGACUGAUGUAGGAAAGUAGCUGUCAAAUUUUGUUAGUUUAGCUAAUGCUGGUGGAAACCUGACCUUGCAAGCAGCCUAUGUUCUUUGCACUGGGGGAAAUGAACUUAAGGAACUUAACCAGUGACUUGCCUGUUAAAGCACAUAACCAUCUGAUUACAUUUGCAGGUGCAAUUGAUGAGCCAUCAGAAUGUACUUCCUAUUUGGUGGUGCAGAUUUUCAUCUGCUGUUAUCUUCAAGGUGCAAACACAGGGCUUGGUCGGAAGCUCAUUUAAAAUUCAAUUCAUUCUUUCAGCUUGUCAGGCUAAGCAAUCCUGAUAGUGGAGCAGCAGGCUGCUCUGCUUCCUCUGGAAGACAGUAUUUUACAUGCUUCAAGGCAAUGUUAAGGUGCGUUACAAUGAACUUCUCUCGAGUAUUCCUUUCCUAGGUUUAACUCAGGCUGAUUGCAGUCUGACAAGCAGUCAUCUGUCCAGAUCAAGAACUGAAUAAUGAAAUGUCUUGCUGACUUCUUUGAUCUCUCUUUUGAGGCCUGUAUUUGGCAGCUUAAUCUAUGUGUGUUGCUUUCCAUCAGCAUUGUUUUGACUGUGAACUUCCAUGUUUUUCUGUCAUUACUGCUUUAAGUCUUGGAACCCUAACUAUUCUGCCCUUUCUGCUUUUUUUUGAAAUUUUCACUUUCUUGGAUCUUCUCCUCCUUUUCUUCACGGAAAAGAUACUAAAUUUCUUCAGUGUGUUUUUGCUUAUAAGGCAGUAGAUAACGUCCCAACUUUGUCCUCAUGGCUUUGCUGCACCCCUUCUCAGUACGAUGGACAUUUCCUGAUGUUGAAAUACAUACUGUACUCUUGCAUCUGUUGUUUUUUUAAGCCAUUUGGAAUGACUGGUAAGACAGCCUAGGAACCUAUCUCAUUCACCGUGGAACUUGAGCAAAACAUUUGUGUGUUGAAGUGUCACUUAUCUGAGUUCCACAAAUGCCUAACACAUGGGCAUUUGAGAGAAUAGUUACAGACUAAAUUCUAAGAGUAGCUUUUAACUUAACUGAAAUACCAGGCUAUUAUUUGAUGAGUAAAUUGGUAACAGCUGCUUGAUCAAUUCUGUUACAACCACUAUUUUCUGAAGACAGAAAUGGAAUAUGCUUUCUUUUGCAUAAAUACCUCCUCAUUUCCUUUUUAAAAGGCAUCUCACAGGAGCAUCGUCUGAAGUGCCUUUUCUGUGAGCUUGAGGUCUGCUAUUUGAUGGUUACUGAGCUUUGUCUUUCUGGAUAUACCCCGCAGUAGAAUGUGGAAACUGGUUCCAUGUGCUUUGUGUAGUGGCUAUCUUUGUCAAUUUGUAGUAACAUGUCUGUGAAGCAAAAAAAUGUUAUUUUAUAGUUUGAACUUCUGGUUCACGGAAAAGAAAGAAUUCUGAAAAAGUACCUUUCAACUGCCACAUAUAAAUAGGACAUUGGGGAAAGUCUGUAUCUAUUCACUUCCCACCUUAACUCUAGUUUUAGCUAACCAGAUGCUAGUGUGUAUUUUAGGAGAUGAUGUCUGGCACUUAAAGGAUUAAAAGAAACCAGAACUUUACAAUGAAAAACUGGCCUGUCUAGUGUGUUAUCUGGAUUGGAGGUGAACAGCAUUUACAUUGACUCCAGAAGAAAAAUGUGAACUUGAGCGGCCUGGUUGGCUGACACUGAGAGAAGUAAGGCUAUUUACAGAAUUGAGAGAUUAAAAUGCAUACUGAUGAACUGUUAAAAUAGCGUUUAUUUGCCUUUAGCUGCUCUUGAGUACAAACCCAUCAUCAUGCAGGUACUUACUUUCCUUUAAACGAUUUGGGUUUCAUGGAACUAUGUGAGGAAGAAAUGUAUAACCAGCAUGCUGAGUUAUCAGACUAUUGUCUGAAGUACCCAUGCAGGACAGCAGUCUUCAGUGAAAUCCCUAGAUACUGUACACUGCUAACCAUUCUUCAACAUUUUUUUCCUAACGGGUGAGAAGCAGCUGGAGUAUUUGUCAAUUUACCCAGAUAUGAAACUCUGUAUUUUGAAGAAGUUAUGUGUUUUUGACAAAGGAACUUAAAUCCUGCUUUGCCAGCCAUAUGAGAUUUCUACAGGCAUGUUCUGUCUAGAGAACGCUUUAAAACUGGAAUGAUUGGGAAAGGCAGUGCUGUCUUGAGCUAGUGUUUUAACUGUACAUUAUACAAACACUAUAUAAAAAUCUCCAUAAACUUUCUGAUAUCUAAUUCCAUCACCAUCCUGUGCUUGAAAGCCUGUAUGUUAUAGAACCAGGGAUGAAUGACAGUGAAAGGACUUGGCUAGAUGAAAGCAUGGUACACAAUGCUUCCUGCCACCAUGUCCUCCCUCUGCCAGGGCUUGCUGUCUUCCUUAAGCACACAUUCAGGAGUUGGAACAUGGUGACCUUAUUCCUGGGCACUGAGCCAUGCAUAUGGAGGGAGGCCAGCCUCUACCCAUGAAGGGUCUGUGUAAUGUGCAGCCUCUGUUGCCCAAGCAAUUUCUGUUGGACACAGUACACAGUCCAACCCUCACAAAGACAAUUUAGUGCCUGGGUAGGUGGUUCCUAAUCUGUCUAGUUUGCUGUCAUGUAGCCAGUGUGAGUUAAUAAAAUGAUUCAGCAAUUGUCAUGGCUCCCACUGAAUGUGCUGUAAACCCUGCUGCCGUAACUUUCACCGCACUUAAAUACCUUUGCUCCUGUAAAUUUUGUGCCUACCACAGGCAUUUUCUGAAUUUCCUUCUAGCAUCUCUGUAAAUAACUAAUUCUGUCAAAUUACAGAAUUUUCUGUAUAUGUUUCUAGGUUCUUGAAAGCUUUUAAUCAGCCUACAAAGAGUUUGAGGGAAACAGGUUUUCCUAGAAACUCAUCUGUGUGCUGAGGGACUGUUUCUACUCAUGCAAACAUCUGUGACAACUAUCCCAAUAUCUCUGAUCACUUGAAAGGGAACUAGCACUCUUCCUUUAUUAACACUUGCCUUCUGGCAGGGAAAAAGAUCUGAAGUAUAUCUUACCCAAUUCUAAAAUUAUUUGUGCAUUUUUCCUUUCAUUGGACUGCUAAGCAAAAUUUCCCUGCCCACAAGUUUUGUGUGUUACUAGGUAGAAAGAGGAGUGGCAUGGAAACUUUCCAGGUGGUCUAGGGAAGAAAUCUCCAGCCUGGAGGCUCUUCAACUGCGGGACAUCAAUCCCCUGGCAAUUCAAAAACUCCAAAAUAGCUAUAAAUGUGAGCAGCUCCAGUGUACCAUCCUUGAUCCAGUCCAGCAGCGUACUCAGAAAACCAGCCUGUGUGUCUCAGUAUUUUCAGUCAGUGAUCCCUCAUAGAAACAGUAUAAAUGCACACUGUCCUUGCUUCCUACUUCUUACUUCUUACUUCUGCAUCCAUACUUCUGAGAACCUGUGGAUCAUCAUAGUCCAGUGCAGAUCCCUGAACUGCAUAAAUGAAAAGCAAGCAGACAGUGCAGCACUUCAGUCUUAGACAAAAUUCGAAGUUUCCCUCUGCCUCCUUUGCUCCACAGGCUAAGAUGCGAUCAUUCUGCAUUAUUACUUAGCGCAUUUAGCUAAAUUCUCUGUAGACAUAUGCCUAUUAGUUAAUAAAAAGAAAACUGCCUCCCACCUUCUAGUGAGUUCCAAGUCACAGAAGCAGCUUAUAGGAAAGGCUCCUGCUUCCUGAGGCUCUGGGAAACAGCACGAGAACUCUGCGAGGGUUGGAUUCUUUUGGAUACAUGACGAGAUACCUUCUGAACAAGUUCAGAUUGUUGUUCUCAGCUGUAAAGCAGACUGGUACCUCUCAUCUGGCAAAAGAAGAAUGAAAAUAAGCUCUCUGCUGGACUCACUGAGAAGUUCCAUUCAGUACAGCUGUACUGUCUGAAGAACCAGUAACUGAAAUUGAAUGCUCAGGAUGCAAACCCUCUCAAGCUUCCUGUUGGGAAGGAAAAAAUAAAAACCUACUGAAAAGAGAUACUUUACUGACUUUUUCGAAGUGAAGCAAAGGUGUAUCACAGUUGCAUCCACUAUCUACAGUAUGAGACAGCUUGUCUAACAGCUCACUGGUUUCAUUUUUCUGUUUUAACAGAUCUGAUUUGCUGUUAAACUAAUCCUUACUGUAAAGCAGAAAUUCUGUUAUAGUCAUUUUAGAGCGAUUCACUGAAGAAACUCAGUACCUCAGUCCCUGUGCUUAUGGGUUAUGACAGCAGUUUUCACUCGUAUUUUCUUUAGAACGUUAACCACUUAAGCUAGUAACUGUUUGACAUUAAGAGAAUUCUCAUCAUAAAGGUGGAAGAAAUUCUUUACUGUGAGAGUGGUGAGACACUGGAACAGGCUACCCAACAAGGUUCACUGGCUAUAGCAGGGGGUUGGAACUACAUGAUCUUAAAGGUCCCUUCUAACCCAAACCAUUCCAUGAUCUAUUUCUCAACCCCCGUAAGUAUGUCUCUUUAGCUUAAUUUCUGUUAUCUAAGUCCAUACCUAUUUAUGUGCAGUCUCCUCAGUGCCCUGAAAUAUCUUCCUGUUUCCCACUGUACUCACAGAAAUGGUAGCAAUUCAGCUGUUGUGUGCAAGUGAGGCUUAAGGUAAUACAAAAAGCUGAGUGGGACACACAGAGGACUGUUCCUCCAGGCUGGGGUUUUCCAGGAGAAGAUGCUCUUUCUGCUGGAUCCAGCUGAUAUUGUGUGGGCAAUGGAAUGCCUUAGUAGAAGUUGUUCUGAGUUUUGUGAGAGAAAAAUUCGGUGUUUUGUCUCCAGUUCAUGUGGCUAAAUGAAACAUUCAAGCCAAAUACUUAUCUUGACGCUUAAGAGGAGCUGAAUGAUCCAAAGUGGUAAGUGAUGUGCAGUUCAAAAGCAAAUUUCUUAUUUUGUAUGUUGUUUUGUCAUGUAUUUGGUGCCUUAACUCUUUAUAAUCCAGUGUUACAUAUACUGUACCAGGGGUAGCUUAGUGGUUAAGGGUACUUUAAUGAUGUUACUGAGCUAGCCUACAGAACUGUAGCAACAACUGAAGUCCUCUUAGUGGGAGAGUUCUCUUGCAUGUUUAAUUAACAAUCCAUUGAUAAACAGGAACCGAAGAAUUAAAAGAGCAUAUAAAAAUUUUAACAGUAGAUUGAGACAGAAGGUCAUCAAAUUUCCAACUUCAAAGGUUUGUGGCAAUAAGAUAAAGGUACAAUCUCUUCUAUGCUGUGUAAACAAACAUGAAAAUGUAAUUCAGCUGCCCAGUAGUGCAUGUUUGUGAAAAUCUCUGGACUCUUAUCUCUACUAUGACAAAUUACACCAGUUCUAGAGGGUAUUAAUAGAAAGUAGUCAUCCACUGGUACGGAGGAGCAGAGAUGAAUUAGAGUUGCAAUAAAUUAAAUUUUAAGUCCAAAAUAGCAUAUGGACUUACGCCUAGUUCCUGCCUCUUACCUGAAUCUAGAAGCUCCAGUUGCCAUAAGCCACUCUGCAGUUCACAAGGUGCAGUGCAGCUUCUACUUGAACACGCUUGCUGAACGCGUCUGGUCCUGGUAGAAUGCACUGAGGCGAGAGAGAGAGAGAGAGAGAGAGAGAGAAUUAAAAAAUGAAGGUAGAAUGCUCCAGUCUGAGGAAGUUAAGUACAAUAGCCAGCAAGUUGGUGGGAAAGCUGAAUUGCCUCUUCCAAAGCCAUAAAUACCAGUCUAUGGUUAAAAAAAAAAAAAAAAAAAAAAAGGUUUGUCUACUAUGGUAAAUCAGCAGCCUUAGUAAACUAAGAGCAGUGGGAGAUGGUAUUGUUUUUUCUAUACUCUGUAAGAAAUUAGGUAAGAGGCUUAAGCUGCCCAUAUCACAAGGUAAAAGCUGCUGCAGCAGAUUACACUUUUUUUCUACUUCUGUAAAGAAGCAGGUAAUGAAAAGAGGAGGUGGAGAAACGGGAGAAAUCCAAUGAACAAAUUCUGUUUGCUAACGCAGCCCGAUCCAGAUGGGGAGACUGCUCCAUGCAGUAUAUACAGCAUGCAACUGAAUUUUUGUAGGGAAAGGAAUACUAGUAACUUAUUUGGACAACAUUCCAGACAAUUUGCUCUUGAACAGAACAGCGUGGUAACAAGGGAAAGCAGACACUGCUUCCAGAACUACAUGUUGUAAUGUAUGAAUUUCAGAUCACUAACACUGGUAUAACUAUGACAAAGUAGGUUCAUCUUACCAUAAAAGCUUAUUCUGGAAUUCUAUCCACUUACAUUUCUGAAGCGAGUUUAAUUAUAACACUAAUCUGUAAGGGGGCAGAGCAGAAGGUAAGUUUCAGCUUUGUACUUCAAAGCUGCUGUGAAUAAGUUGAUUAACAGCAUUCCGUGGAAAUAACUUGAUGUACUUAUUUAUUUGUGCUCAUUUCUAUGUUCUUAGAAAAGCACAAGCUUCUGUGAGCAUUGCCACCACAAAGUUACUCAGGGUACUGUGUCAUCUCAGCAGUGGACACUAACUGCAUCUUAAGUCAGCAGGCACAUAUAGAUCAAACUUAAUUAAGAGGAACAGAACAUCUUGGCAGGUUUGCUUUCCUACUGGUACUGUUACAAUUUAAUGAUCUAUGCAUAUAGAAAUGUGUGUAUUCCUGCACUACUAGUGUAACUUACAGUCCUGCAAGAGCAUCCUGUAAACUAAACAAGUCAAAUGUAUUCAGUGUAGAGGAGAGUAUUCUUCUUUCAUUAUUCCCACAAAGGGCUGUUUAUAAGCAAUUGCAGAGUGCUAAUGCUCAAAGCAGAAUAUCUGUGGGCUGAAGAACAGUAUUUGGAGCAGUACAGCUUUUGGAAAUUUAGUGAUACGAAUUAUGAAACUUCUAAUUCACCGUAUAGAUUAUUUCUUGUGUUUUCAAACUACUCUCACUAGUUCCCUGCUCAAAGUAACAGGAUAAAGUCAAGUGUAGUUUUCCAACGACAUAUUAUUACAUGGAAAUGUACUGGAAGAAAAUCGAGGUUAUACUGCUGAGAGCAUGUUCUACUGUACAGAGCCAUUCUCUGGGCAAUGCUGCAUAAUUUAAGAGUGGGUAAAUCUGCCUUCAGGGACAACACAACACAGAACAGAUGUUUAAAAAAAUAAAACAACCCAGAAGAAGCCUUGAAGCUUUGUCCACUCAUGCACUUAUUCUUCCCUGAAAAAAGGUACAGGUACGUUCAGACGUGUUUAGUGAGUUAUAGAUCAGAUAUCACAAAGGCCUUUAAGGAUGAAUGUUUUAAAGGCAGUCUCCUUUGGACUGAAAAUAAAGGAAGCUGACUCUGUCUUCCAGUUCCAAAGUACAGCGUCUUAUUUCUGAUCCUAACCCUAAAUCAAUAUUUAUUGAUCAAACUGACUAAGCUUUUUAGGUUGAUGAGCUCUCUACAAAGCAAUUCUGUUCUCCUCUCGAGCCUCUGCAGGGGCCAACGACUGGUGCUUAACUACUACUUCUACUGCAGAACGUCACCUGUCCUCCAGCUGUCUCAGAACCUUCUGGGACACUUGCACUUCUAAGAGAGAAACAUUGCUAUGGGUGUAAUUCUCAAAAGUGCUAAAUAUAGUGGAGCAAAUCCCUGUGGGCUGUACACUUUCUGAAGUCCUGCCCAGGUCUUAGUGGCAAAGUUGAGCAUGAAACCUGUACUGCCAAAGAUACCUGCCCCUUAAUGAGAAGGACAUCAAUGGGAAGGUGAUAGAAAACUGGAAACUUGGAGGAAAAGCUGAUGUCUUCCACAUUCAACUCAUCUUACAAACUUAAAAAAAAAAAAAAAAAA